CUAAUCGGAUCUCUUUUCUCCUUAUGCCUAUUCGAUUUUUUCCCAACAAGUCUGAAAUUGUCCAGCGACAGCGAUAAUUCUACUAGUUUUGAUUCUACGAAUUACAACCGCAAAUGUAAAAAGAGAAUUUUCAGCUUUGAGUUAUAUUAAGAACAAGUUUUCAAGUCGAUUUGGCGACUAAUUUCCUAAUGCUAAUUUAGCGAGAUACAUUGAAAAAGACCUAUUUAAAUCUCUUCGUGGUUGUUUAUAAAAAUAAUUAAUUUUUAAUCUGUGAAUGAAUUAUGCAUAUAUAAUUAUUUUUAAUUAAAUAUUUAUAUUAUGAAAAAAGGACAGAGGUGGUUUGAAAUGCGGGCUCCGCCAAACAGGAGAGAGGACAACCCAAUGUGACGAUCACAUGUAAUAUAUAGGCUAGAGGGUUCAAACGAAGUACAAAAGAAAACAUGAAGAAGAAGAAAAAGAAUAGAUGGGCGUAAUAAGAGGGGAGAUAUGUCACGAUGCUCCGGUGGAAGCUCCGGCGAGCGUGGUGUGGGAAUCGUACAGAGGGCUUGAGCUUUCCCGGCUAGUGAACGAGCUGAUGCCUCACCUCGUCGGCACCGCGGAAGUCAUCGAGGGCGAUGGAUCCGCCGGCACGAUUGUCAAGCUCGUUUUUCCUCCAGGAACUCCGGGAAUCGGAUAUCUAAAAGGAGUGUUCAGAAUCAUGGACGAGGAGAAGCGUGUGAGGGAAUCGGACGUGUUCGAAGGUGGUUAUCUCCAUCUCGGUUUUGAUCGAUAUACCAUUCGCAUCGAGAUCGUUGACGAUGAUGUCCACAUGCAUCGUAGUAUUGUCAGAUCGACAGUCAAGUACGAGCUCAAGGAUGACUCGAAAGCUCACCUCCUUUCGCAACUCUCGAUCCAGAUGCAUAUCACUAUUGCACACGUCGUCGGUGAUUACAUUGUCAACAAUAACAAAAAACGGACGCAUCUUUCGUGAACCAUGUUACGCAAUGCUUUGCUUGGCUUGGUAAUAAAUAAGUUAAAGUUGGAAGGAUAUUAUUUGUGGUCAACAAAAUUACUAUUUUCCACCAACUACUUAUUAUUAUUAUUAUUAUUAUUAUUAUUAUUAUUAUUAUUAUUAUUAUUAUUAUUAUUAUUAUUAUUAUUAAAACCCUAACUCCAUAAACUCCUAUAUCCACAAGCUCAAUUCCAACCCCGACAAACACCAUUUCUGAAUUUUGGUGAGCUUGUCGUAGGUCAACAAAUUAAAAUCCGCCGUCGGCCAGCCAAACCUUGCCUCCGACCCUGAGUUGGCCUUAUACCAAUUACGAUAUUCUUUUUUUUUUUUUUUUGGUGCUUUGAAAUUUUUUUUACGUGUUUUGACGAAAUAAUUCUGACCAAUUUCGUGAUUAUCCGCGAGAUGGAGAUCUGAAAUGGAACAAAGGUUUUGGCGGCCAGAACCACAUUUGCAAAAAAAAAUGAUGACAUACAUUAUCCAACUUCCGAAUUUACUAAUAAUGGUUGUAAUAUAUAUCUUUAUAAAGAGUUUUACGGUAU